CAAAUCGUCAACCCCCCGCCAUGGAGAAGGAGGCUGCAGCGUUGGCCCCCGCGCCGGACAAGGGAGAAUCCAGCGGAGCCAAGGGGAAUGGCGACUGCGACGACGUCACCGACGAUCUCAUCAGCAGGCUCCCCGACGCCAUCCUCGGCACCAUCAUCUCCCUCCUCCCCACCAAGGACGGCGGCCGCACGCAGGCCCUCUCCCGCCGCUGGCGCCCCCUGUGGCGGUCCGCGCCCCUCAACCUCGAGGUCGGCACCACCGCCGCCGCCGUCCUCCCUUCCGCCGUCUCCCAGAUAAUCUCCCGGCACCUCGGCCCCUCCCGCAGGUUCUCCUUCCCGGGCCUCCGCGCCGGCGAGUUCGACGCCGAGCUGGACAGCUGGUUCCACUCCCGAGCGCUCGCCAACCUCGAGGAGCUCGACAUCGGCUACGCGUCCCGGACAAUCAGGCCGCUGCCGCCGUUCCUGCUCCGCUCGGCGUCCACCCUCCUCGUCCUCAAGAUCAACAAGUGCGAUUUCUGCGACCAGAUCGCGCCGGGGGGCAUCAACUUCCCCCGCCUCAAGCAGCUCUCCUUGAUCCGCGUCUCGAUAUCGGGGGACGUCUUACAUGGCCUGCUCUCGGGCUGCCGUGCCUUGGAGAGCUUGUUCAUCUCAGAAGUUCGCUCUGCCCGUUGCGGCCCUGCUAUCUGGCUGGGUGCUCCUCGGAUCAGCAAACCGCUGCCACUGUCCGUUCUCCGCUCCGCAUCCACCAUCCUCAUUGCCAAGAUCUGGAAUUGCGAUUUCUCCGAUGAGACCCGGCCGUCCACCAUGGUUUUCCCCCUCCUCGUGCAGCUCUCCUUGAUCAACGUCUCGAUGUCCGGGGACGUCUUACAUGGCUUGCUGUCCGGCUGCCAUGCCUUGGAGACCUUAUUCAUGUCAAAAGUCCGGACUGCUAGUUGCCCCCAUGUUAGAGCUCCGACUCUUAGGAUUACUUCGCCGACUCUUAGGAGCAUCUGCCUCAGCCGUAGGUCUUUUGGAAUAACAGAACUGGUCAUCGAGGAUGCUCCUUGCCUCGGAAGAUUACUUAUACCUUACUCUGAUCAGGAUGAUUGUGUCACUAUUCGGGUAGUUAAGGCGCCGAAACUGGAGAUAUUGGGCCCAAUUCCGUUUAGGGCGCCUAAACACGAGGUGUUGUGUGACUCACCGGACUUCUCCAAAUUCAGAAUCUUCCAGGGAAUGAACCUAGUCAGCUCGGCAAACUCCAUGUGCACCGUGAAGGUUUUGGCUCUCAGGUCUUCUAGCUGUGAAUUGCAUGCAGUUCUCAACGUCCUCAGGUGGUUCCCUUGUUUGGAAAAGCUCUGUGUCAUUUUUUACCAACAUAAGUUGAAGGAGAAGAAAAUUGAGUCUCAGUAUGACCAACUACUUCCAAUUGAGUGCCUUCAGACUCAUCUAAAAAAAGUGGUGUUUAAGUCAUAUGUAGGCACUGAGAGACAACAGCUUGACUUUGCCAAGUUCUUUGUUUUGAAUGCAAAAGUGCUAAACAAAAUGGAAUUUGAAGGAUAUGAUGACUACAUCAUUAGUACAGCGGCUUGUCCACAUAAAAUUCUACAAGUGGAAAACAGAGCUUCUCGAGAUGCUGAGUUUGAGUUUGAGUUCAAGAGUAGUUCUGUUCGUUGAUUGCCUUUUCAACAAAUGUAUCCAUGCUUUUUCAGUUGCCCACCCCUUCAGACAUCCAUAGACAGGGUUGAUACCAGAAGACUGCAGUGUUGCCUGAAUAAUGUAUUGCGCAUAUGCCUGCCCUAUUUAUAGUCUAAAUUUCCUCUGUAAUCUUAGUAACUUAUGAAGUACCCAUGAUAAUAAGAAGAUAUUUGUGGAUGCAAAAGAUGUUUGUGAUAACAUCAUGUUCCAAAACUCAUGUUACCAUGUGCAAUUAAGGCUUUGUUCUGAUUAA